GAGCGCAUCAACCAUAGAACAUUUACAACUAAUAACAGCAAAAUGCAUAUGUGUGUGUGUGUGUGCGUGCGCGCAUGCUACUUUCCACAGAGAUGGCGGAUGAAAAGAGUGCACGACCGGAAGCUGAAGGUCCAAGCACUUCCCAGGACAAGAACGCCACCAGCCCUGCACCAGACAAGAAGUGUGCGGUCAAGCCCAAGGCAGACAACGUGGAACAUGGUUCAAACUCCACUCCAGUCAACAACCCCAAGCGUGUCUGCGCUGUACUGUCUGCAUCCUUUCUCCUAGUCUUCACGGCCAAUGUUUCUCUGCAGAACCUCCAGAGCAGUCUCAAUAAGAAGGGAGGACUGGGACUGGUUUCCCUUGCGGUGCUGUAUGGAGCCAUGCUGGUUUGUGCCCCGCUGUCACCGCUCAUCAUCCGAGGGCUGAACGCCAAGCGGACCCUCAUGAUGGCCUGGAUAACCCACGUCCUUUACACCCUCAGUAAUUUUUACCCGACUUUCGCCACCCUUUUGCCAGCCUCCUUCCUGCUGGGGGCGGCCUCCGGACCCAUGUGGACGGCCCAGGGCCUGUAUAUCUCGGCCAGCAGCAUGGACUUUGUCGCAACCAGCAAGAUGGGCAUGCACGAGGCGCUGAGCAAGUUCAACGGCUUCUUCUUCGCCUGCUACGAGUCCACCCAGAUCGUGGGCAACGUCCUUGCGAGCCUCGUUCUCAUGCAGGGAACCUACAACACUUCUGACCAUGGCGUCCCGUCAUGCGGGGCUGACUACUGCCUAGAAUCCGAAGGAAACUACACGAGCCAUUUCGAACAGCCAGAACAGAAGAUUUUGUUCAUCCUGAUGGGAAUGUUCCUGGCCUGCGUUAUCGUGGGUCUUAUUUUAACAAUCAUCUGGUUGCCUGUCCCAAACUCAAGGGCGGUCGCGAGUGAGAUCGACAUCAGCAUCAAGGAAAGCACCACGAGUUGUCUCAGCAUGCUGAUGGUGCCACGGAUGUUGCUUCUCCUUCCCUUCUUCAUGGCGCAGUCUAUGAACAACGGUAUUCUCCUGUCAGGAUACACAGAGUCAUUCGUGUCGUGCGCACACGGUGUGCAGUGGGUGGGCUACGUCAUGACGGCCUACGGCGUGCUGACCGUGGCCCAGGCGUUGGGCAUGAACACGUUGUUUGCGCGCUACCUGGGCCGCUACGUCAUGCUGGCCAUCGCGGGGGUGGCCGACACCAGCACCGCCAUCACCAUGCUGCUCUGGAACCCCGUUGGCUCCUCAGUCGCUCUUUUCUUCAUCCUCCCUUGUGUGUCGGGCAUCGCGGAGGGUGUUAUGCAAGCUCAGCUGUCCUCUUUGAUUGCCAUGGUGUUCCCGAACAAUAUAACCGGAGCGUUUCUCCGCCUUCCACACAGCCAAAGCCACUGGCUUCACUCUCACUUUCCUCCUCGCUCGCUUCUUUUGCCUGCGAGAACGCAUCUACGUGUUGAUGUGUUUGUCCGCUGUCGGCUACCUGGGCUACACCAUCGUGGAGUUCACGGUGGCCAUCCAGAACAGGAAGAAACACGGCAUCAGCGUAGACAACGACCUUGCCAAGGGUCUCGACAUGGAGGUCAAAGUAGAGAAAAUUGUCGUCGAUCGAAGUCGACCCAAAGAAAUAGAAUUUACUAAAAUGUGAAAGAAAGCGAAGUAUGGUUAGUAUUCUUGCUAUAAUUAUUACUUGACCCACUGUGGACUAAGUUAACAAGGCGGUUUACCUCAGUCACCAAUAGAUUCCAAGAAUCACCAAAGAAUACCAUGACAGUACUCUCUCUCUCUUACACACACAACGAUGAUAUAUUAUUUCACGGGUACUGUUUACCUGUAUUUUUUUUCCUGGCUAAAUUAAUUGCUUAUUACCGCAAUUAAACAUUUCUUAACUUUUACUCAAGUAUAUAAUCUACCAGAAUGGGUUCGGCCUUUUGUGUAAAACAUAAAAUAUAAAUAACAUAAGUGAUUAACCUGCUCAUUGCUGGAGGCCAUACCAUGGCUUUCUGAGUUGUAUGUAAGCUCUGUAUAAAAAAUACGGAUUGCUCCAAUAAUUUAUUGUGACAAUGUGGAUAAUUUAAAAUAUAUCUCACCAUGUGCCAGCAAAUUAGCAAACUGCCUUGUAAACUUGCUUUUUGUGACAGUUUAGUUUUAACUGUGUAUGAACGGGUGGAAGGUGCGAUCCACGAAGGGGUUGAGCCAACACUGACAUAACUAGCAUAUGUCAUGUGAUUGAUGCAAAUGGCGAUUUUCCCAACUGCUGACGAUCCACCUCGUGGCAGUGGGUAUCUAAGCUGUCUUCUUGUCGUAAUUCGUACAGAGUUGUUGAGUGACUAACUAGAGUUACACACAGACCGUAAACAGCGUGCAAGAAAUUAUUUUGACAAUUUGUAUAAACUUUGAACUAUUUUAAUGAAUUCCUGUUGUUUAUUUGCUGUAGAGUUCUUAUGAUAUUUUUGCUCACGUAGCAAUAUCAGGUGUAUAUGACCUUCUACAAAUUGAAAUCCAGACAUCUGAGGUAGGUAACAUUCCAAUCGAUGAUGAUGAUUUUCAACUCCUUAGAUGCCAGGUAGACUAUUCACAAUAAAACGCUUUUAUCGUUUAAAACUUACAAAUGUGUAACAUUUAAACGUUAUUUGCUACAGAGAUGUACACGAAUGGUCGAUUGUGAUAAAAUAAAGGUGCAAACAUUUUUUUAUUUCUCUUCUGUGCUUGUGCGUGUGCGGGUAGGUAUUUGUACGUGUUGCCUGUGUGAGAGCGUUUGUGCACGCGCGUGAAAAUGUGUGUAAAUGCGUGCGUUUUUGUGUUUGCAUGUGUGUGUGUGAUUCAUGUUCGUACGGGACCUCGAGGACACUACUUAAUGUUUUCUUACCCCAGAACACUUGUUGCUGCUUUAUAAGCACCGCUUCAGGUGUAAAACAACAGUCUCAGGAUCUGGACUACGCUUUAAAACUUCAGAAACAAGACAAUCUUUCUAGUUUCUUUAUGC